AUGUGUGCCGACAAAGUGGAGAAGCCUGUUGAGGAGCAAGUCAAGGACUUGUCUCUAGAACAGAAGGCAGAGAAACAGCCUGCUGCUGUUGAAAACAAGAAGGAAAAGAAGGAUAAGAAGAAAGAUAAGGGCAAUGGAAAGCCAUCUUUGUACCUUGAACCUCAACCUGCUUUCAUUGAUGAGCGUAUUCAAAUGUUCGAACGUUUAAAGAAGGAGUAUGAUGAGAAAGUUGCUGCUCAACCUCGUGUUCCAUUGAAGGUUGUGUUGAAGGACGGUACCGUCAAGGAGGCUACCGCAUGGGAAACCAGUCCAAUGGACAUCGCACAAGGUAUUGCCAAGUCUUUCGCUGAAAGACAAUGUAUUUCUAAGGUUAAUGGCGAACUAUGGGAUCUAGAGAGACCUUUGGAAGGUAAAGAAGGUGAUGAACUCAAGAUCGAAUUUUUCGAUUUCGAAUCUGAUACCGGUAAGAAGGUGUUUUGGCACUCUUCUGCCCACGUCUUGGGUGAGGCAUGUGAAUGCAACUUGGGUGCCCAUAUCUGUUUGGGUCCUCCAACUGACGAUGGUUUCUUCUACGAAUUCGCUUGCAGAGACUCCAUGGACCCUGAUUCACCAGAGAGAACUGUUUCUCAAGCUGAUUUCCCUAACUUGGAAGCCGUUGCCAAGGCUGCUAUCAAGCAAAAGCAAAAGUUUGAAAGACUUGUCCUUUCCAAGGAAGACUUGUUGAAGAUGUUCCACUACUCCAAGUACAAGACCUACUUGGUCAGCACAAAGAUUCCAGACGGAGGUUCCACUACUGUUUAUAGAUGUGGUCCAUUGAUUGAUUUGUGUACUGGUCCUCAUAUCCCACACACCGGUCGUAUCAAGGCUUUCAAGUUGUUAAAGAACUCUUCUUGUUAUUUCUUGGGUGAAAGCACCAACGACUCUUUGCAAAGAAUCUACGGUAUUGCUUUCCCUGACAAGAAAUUGAUGGACGCUCACUUGAAGUUUUUGCAAGAGGCCUCUUUAAGAGAUCACAGAAAGAUUGGUAAAGAUCAAGAAUUGUUUUACUUCAACGAAAUGUCCCCAGGUUCUUGUUUCUGGUUACCUCAUGGUACCAGAAUUUACAACACUUUGGUUGACUUGUUGAGAACCGAAUACCGUAAGAGAGGUUACGAUGAAGUUAUCACUCCUAACAUGUACAAUUCCAAGUUGUGGGAGACAUCUGGUCACUGGGCAAACUACAAGGAAAAUAUGUUCUCCUUCGAAGUUGAAAAGGAAACAUUUGGUUUGAAGCCAAUGAACUGUCCUGGUCACUGUCUAAUGUUUAAGGCUAGAGAACGUUCUUACAGAGAAUUGCCAUGGAGAGUUGCAGAUUUCGGUGUCAUUCACAGAAAUGAAUUCUCCGGUGCAUUGUCUGGUUUGACUCGUGUCAGAAGAUUCCAACAAGACGAUGCUCAUAUCUUCUGUACCCAAGAUCAAAUUGAACAAGAAAUUGCUAACAUUUUCGAAUUCUUGAAAUACAUUUACGGUGUUUUCGGUUUUGAAUUCAAGAUGGAACUUUCAACCAGACCUGAAAAGUACGUUGGUGAACUUGAAACAUGGAACAACGCAGAGGCUAAGCUAGAAGCUGCUUUGAACAAAUGGGGUGGUAACUGGGAAUUGAACCCUGGUGAUGGUGCUUUCUACGGUCCAAAGAUUGAUAUCAUGAUCUCUGACGCUCUACAUAGAUGGCAUCAAUGUGCCACAAUUCAAUUGGACUUCCAACUACCAAACAGAUUUGAAUUGGAAUUCAAGACCAAGGAAGUUGAAGGUGAUGACAACUACGAAAGACCAGUCAUGAUUCACCGUGCCAUCUUGGGUUCUGUGGAAAGAAUGACAGCUAUCUUGACCGAACAUUUCGCUGGUAAGUGGCCAUUCUGGUUAUCUCCUCGUCAAAUUCUAGUUGUUCCAGUUGGUGUUAAAUUCCAAGAAUAUGCCCAAGAAGUCCGUGACAAGAUGGCCGAAGCUGGUUUCUACGCUGAUGUUGAUCUUUCUGGUAACACCCUUCAAAAGAAGGUCAGAAAUGGUCAAAUGUUGAAGUACAACUUCAUUUUCAUUGUCGGUGAACAAGAAAUGACUGAAAAGUCUGUCAACAUCAGAAAUAGAGAUGUCAUGGACUUGCAAGGUAAGAAUGCAACUGUCCAAGUCGAGAGCGUCAUUGAACAAUUGAAAAAAUUGAAGGAAGAAAAGAGAAACGAUAAUGUUUUGGCUUAA